CUCCACAACCCUGUCCUUCCCUACCUGCACAGCCACUCAUUAAAGCACAGGGCACCUGUGCCAAGUCCUCCCCACCCGACCUGAAGCUGCUGCUUCUGAAACACACUGCAGCCCGGAAGCCCAGGCCCUGAGGCUCUGCGAGGGUCUGAGGGCGACGCCUGAGUCCCUUUCGCCCUCAUAUUAAAGAAGCAAGGCCACGGGCCUAGGACCCAGGGCGGGACACUCAGUUUUCCAACGGGAGCCAGCACCCAGCGAUUACUUAAGGAAGACAACCACCUGGAAGAAAACCAUGAAGUUCCUUCUCUUCUCAUUUGUUGGUGUUGUUCACCUUUUAUCUCUGAACUCUGAGAAAGCUAUUUGUAGAGAUGGCAUCUGUCAGAGGACUUUUCAAGAAAUAAAAGAAGAAAUAGCCUGCUAUGGAGAUAUUGCUAAAGCAAUCAUCAACCUUGCUGUUUAUGGUAAAGCCCAGAACAGAUCCUAUGAGCGACUGGCUCUUCUGGUUGAUACUGUUGGACCCAGACCGAGUGGCUCUAAGAGCCUAGAAAAAGCCAUCCAAAUGAUGUACCAAAACCUGCAGGAUGACAGGCUGGAGAAUGUCCACCUAGAGCCAGUCAAAAUACCCCACUGGGAAAGGGGCGAAGAAUCUGCAAUGAUGCUAGAGCCAAGAAUUCACAAGAUGGCUAUUUUGGGUCUUGGCAGCAGCAUUGGGACGCCCCCAGAAGGCAUCACAGCAGAAGUUCUGGUGGUGACCUCUUUCGACGAACUGUGGAGAAAGGCCCAGGAAGCGAGAGGGAAGAUUGUUGUUUAUAACCAGCCCUACACUAACUACUCGAGCACGGUGCAGUAUCGAGUCCAGGGGGCAGUAGAAGCUGCCAAAGUGGGGGCUUUGGCAUCCCUCAUUCGAUCAGUGGCUUCCUUCUCCAUUUACAGUCCUCACACAGGUGUGCAGGAAUAUCAGGAUGGUGUGCCAAAGAUCCCAACAGCCUGUAUUACGGUGGAAGAUGCAGAAAUGAUGUCAAGAAUGGUUUCUCGUGGGAGCAGAAUUGUUAUUCAACUGAAGAUGGGGGCAAAGAACUACCCAGAUGCAGAUUCCUUCAACACUGUAGCAGAGAUCACUGGUAGCAAGUACCCGGAGCAGGUUGUACUGGUCAGCGGCCAUCUGGACAGCUGGGAUGUUGGGCAGGGUGCCAUGGAUGAUGGUGGUGGAGCCUUCAUCUCAUGGGAAGCACUCUCACUCAUCAAAGAUCUUGGGCUGCGUCCCAAGAGGACUCUGCGUUUGGUGCUCUGGACUGCAGAAGAACAAGGUGGAAUUGGUGCCUUCCAGUAUUAUCAGUCACACAAGGCAAAUAUUUCCAACUACAGCCUGGUGAUGGAGUCUGACCUGGGAACCUUCUUACCUUCUGGGUUGCAAUUCACUGGAAGUGAAAAGGCCAGGGCCAUCAUGGAGCAAGUCAUGAGCCUGCUGCAGCCCAUCAAUACCACACAGGUCUUUGGGGCUGGAGAGGGGACAGACAUUAACUUCUGGAUCCAAGCUGGAGUGCCUGGAGCCAGUCUACUUGAUGACCUAUAUAAAUACUUCUCCUUCCAUCACUCCCACGGGGACACCAUGACUAUUAUGGACCCAAAGCAGAUGAAUAUUGCUGCCGCCGUUUGGGCUGUUGUCUCUUAUGUCAUUGCAGACAUGGAAGAAAUGCUUCCCAGGUCUUAGAAGAACAAGAAAGAAACCACCUUUAUCCUUUCUGGCCAGGAGUCCUCAGUCUGCAGCUUCAGCAAGCCCCUCUGCACCUAAUGAUUUCAUCUGAUCCAUUUUCAAAUCACAGCACUUUUAUGUACUUUCUGUUAUCUUUUUUGAUGCCUUCCAAAUUCUCUUGUUUCUAGAAUAAGAAAUGAUCCCCACGUCCACAUAGAAUCACCAUAUGGUAGAGAUCAUACUGGAGACAUUUCUUUAUACCACCUGUAAAAAAUAUUGUUUCUACUUUGAAAGUAAAAACUGGAUAAACAUUUAGAAGACUGCUUUUUAUGUGUGUCUAUAUGAACAUUAAGUCAAAUACAGUGACACCAGUUUAUGUUAUUUAUAGAAGGAGUAAAGAAAUACACAAUUGUAGUAUGGUCUUAAUUGAAUGUAUGGAGAAAUUUGGCUUUCUAUAUGUACCAUUUUAUAUUAGCAGAAUUUUUUUAAUGAGAAAUGGAUUUUUUAAUAGAAAAAAGUCACUAUUUGGGGAAAAAUCAAAUACAUAUAAUCCAAUUGUCUUAUUAAAGAUGAGUACUAGGGUCUACCACCAGUUAAAUGAUGAUACUCUUUUACAUUUAUGUUAUAUAUUUCACACUAUUUUUAUGAAGUUGGAGCUUAUUCACAUUUUGCUUAUAACAAGAUUGAGGAUCAGAAGGGCUAAAUAAUAUUCACAGGGUCCUAUAGAGGAAAGACAUUGACCCUCCCCCCAUCCACUCUGGUAACAACCUCUACUGUUCUUCAACACACAAUAUUGACCAUUCAAUAAAAAUUUAUAAGAAAAAAAUACAAGAAAAAGUAAACUCAACUCAUUGUCAAGAGUUAAAGCAAGAAAGAAAAUCAGAUUAAGAGAUAACCCAGAUGUUGAAAUUGUCAAAGACUUUAACAGAACUGAUUAAUAUGCUAAAGAUGUAGUAGGAAAAGUAAACUACAUAAAUGAACAGAAGGAAAAUUUCAACAGAGAGAUGAAAACUAUAAAAAAAGAGUCAAAUGCAAAAGCUAAAUAAAAAAUAUAACAUCAGAGGUGAAGAAUUUCCUUGGGCUCAUCAACAGACUAGACGGGGUUGAAGAAAUAAUGAAUUUGAAAACAAGUCAAUAAUAAUUAUCCAAACUAAAAUAUUAAGAGAAGAAACAGCGAAGAAAAACAAACACCAGAAUGGAUCAUCCAAAGUUGUGAUCUAAUACAUAUGUGGUCUAAUAUGCAUGUAAUUGAACUCCCAGAAAGAGAAGACAAAGUGUCAGUUUUAUUAAUAGUAGUAACAAAAGGAUUGAAGGGCACAGUGAGGCCUUUCAUUCACAGCACAGCAGCAGGCCAGCACUAGGACUGACACUUACACAAAAAACUAAGGUGCUGGAUAACAACUGAGAAACACUUUCUUAAAUAUAUGAGUUAAAUAGUUAAAAGGUAAGGAAUAUUAGACAAAAAACUGGGUGAAGAUAUAAACCAAGAGAAAGAACACAGUAUUUUAAACCAGCUUUCUCUUUGAGAACAUGUGCAGAAUGUGGUGAACUUAAAUUCCAUUUUCCCAGCCUUUCAGGGCUUAAGGGACUAUCGAUGAAUCCCAGAGCCUGCCACAUGAGGGAUACUAGAGAGUCCCAGUAAAACUGGGACCCCACAGGAAUUAUACCUCAAUACCAGGGUAAACUAAAAAUAACUCUGAGGAUAGCAAGGAAAAUUGCUGUUAUUGAAUAAGUGCUGAGUGGAGGGUUGGAAGAAAUUCUCACAGAUGAAGUAUACAAUGAAUAUGUAACUUAAAAGGGUCAAAAGAAACAAAUUAAAAAACAAAAAUGAAGACAGGAGCCAUAUCAUUCUGAGCAAGACAAACCAAAAGAGAAAACAGAAUUAACCCAAAAUGUCCUCUGAAAAUGGAAUUUUUAAAUUGAGAGUUUUCAAAACUGUGUCCAUUAUGUUUAACUAAGUAAGAGAAGGGACUGAAAAUAGAAGAGAGGGCAGAGGGCAAUAAAAAGUGGGCAAACAUACUGUAAAAAGAACCAAAUAGAACUUCUAGAAGUGUAAACUAUAGUAAGUGAAAUUUAAAAAUUAGAAAACCAGUUGAGCUUCAAAUGAGAGAAUUCAUGAACUGAAAGAUGAAAAAACUAAUGAAAAUUUAGCACAGAAAGGAAAAUAUGAAUGAGAGAUUUAAAAAUAUGAAGAAUAGAGUUAUAUUGUCUAAUAUAUGUUAAAUCAGGGUUUGAGAAAAUCGGACAAAGAAUUAUCUGAAGAAUACUAAAUGAAAAACUUUCAGAAAUAAUGAAAUAUACCAACCCACAGACUCGAAACCCAAUGAAUCCCAAAUAAAUGAGAAGAAAUCUACACUAAGACAUGGUAUAGAGGAACUACAGACCAAAAAAGACAAAGAGAUCUUUGAAGCAAGAGAGAAGUGAUGGAUUACCUUAAAAGAAGCAAUUAAUAACAACUAAUAAUCACUAACUUCUAAUGAUAACAUGAUACUAGCCAGAAGACAAUGGAAUGAUAUCUUCAACAUCUUUAGCAGGUUGCAAAGCAAAGUUAUCUUUCAAGAAUAAGAGCAAACUGAUAUUUUCAGGUAAACAAAAACAGAGUUUACCCCAGUAGAGCUUAACUGAAGCAUAUUUGAAAAUAUCCUUGUACUAUUGGCAAAAUCAAAUGACCCUAGAGUGAAGAGUAAUGUCAGGAAGAAGUCAAGAGUCUGGCUCAAUGCCAAAUGUCUAUGUAUGCUUUCUCAGGCCCAACUACAGCCAUUACAAAGGCUUUUCCUGGCAAACCUCCUGGGGGAAAGCUCCCUGGCUCAUGGCAGACUUGGUGCACAGCCAAUACUUUCUAAUUUUCUGAAGGGGGUUGUAGUCUAGGACUCAGGACCUCUAGGCCAGUGAUGCUUAUACACAUACUUGCAUUUCUAGCCCAGACACCUCCACUCAGAGGCCUCCUUAUUGGGGUCUUGAAUAAAACACUUUUGUCCACUCUGACUCAUUUCUUUUCCACUUCUAGCCGUCUCCUCUCUUCCUCUCCUGGUGCACUCUCACAACCAAUAAAAUGGCAGUAAUCUUUUGUUUAGAGCUCUUCAGCAGUGAUGAUUUCCCCUUCAUCUGUGCUGAUUCACCUGACCCUUGCCUGAUGCCAUUCUGUUGGGGAACUAGUGCCUGUUUUUGCCUCUUGCUUACACUAUCUCAGUAAUAAAGCCUUAAUUGUUAAUUUCA